UACCUCACAGCACCUGACAGCUCAUAGCGCUGCGCUCAGUUAGAGGAUCAUCACCUGGGAGAACUUCUCACGGUGUUCUAUAUUACCGAGUUCUGGACCAAAGCUGGAGAAGAGAUGACCUCCCAGGAUACCGCUAAAGACGCGGCUCGCUGUACCGACGGGGUGAAUAAACGCCCGGAGUCUCCAGAGGAGCAAAGCGAAGAGAAGACGCCGCUUCUCCGUCGGCAUCAUCCGUUUAGUGUCGAGGCGCUUAUCUCCGGAAGGGAAACGGAAAAGCGAACCGAACAAUCCACCUGUUGUAAAGCAGCCUUGAUGCUCCCAGCGGGGUUAAACUCUCUGUAUCUGCCCCGGGAGACGCACAGUCCUCCCGGGGAAGCCCGGCGCAGCUUCGCGGCUCUUCCUGCCUCUCCGGUCAAAUCUGAGGAGUCAGAGGAAUGUCCUCACUGGGUCACUGCCAGCGCCUUCUCCAGACAUCCACGUCAUGUCAGUCCAGCCUGUCAGCUGAGGAAACACAAGACCAACAGAAAGCCCCGCACUCCUUUUACUACAUCCCAACUCCUGGCUCUGGAGAGGAAGUUCAGACAGAAACAGUACCUGUCCAUCGCAGAGCGAGCAGAGUUCUCCUCCUCUUUGACCCUGACGGAGACCCAGGUGAAGAUCUGGUUCCAAAACCGUCGGGCAAAAGCGAAGAGGCUCCAGGAGGCUGAGAUGGAGAAGCUCAAGAUGGCCGCUGAUGUCAAGACGGCAGCAGUGACAGCUACUGCCGCUUCUGGAGCUUUGUACCCUGGCUUUACGUUACCACUGUCGCUGGGCGCCAUGUCUCUGUAUGGACAGUCGUACUCUGCCUAUCACCAACACCAAAGAUCCCUCUUGCCUAUAUCCCCAUUUGGACUAUAUGCUGCUCCACUGGGAUACAGCAUGUACCACUUCUCAUAACAAUGGAAAUAUCUUAUUGCAUUACUUUUAAAGAGUUUCAAAAAUUGAGAAAGAGCAGGUGUUCUUGACAUUUUUAUAUAUGCAAAAUAUGUAUGAUCUGCACCCGAAGUGCAGUAUAUAAAGCUCUUCAGAACUAAUUAGAAAUCCAUUUUCCUUCCCUUAAGCAAGGAUAGAAAGGCACUUCCUCUGCUGCCCCCGUCGGACAGCCUGUUUGUAUGACUGGGCUGUGAGCGGAGGGGUGAUUCUGUUUGAGUGCUGUUUAUCGUCUUCCCUUUUUUACAUCGGCAAUAAUUGAGCAGGGGCGAAGACUUGCACUGGGCACACAAACACAGACCACAGCUGUUUUUUUUUUUUUUUUAAGCCUUGUUUCCAAUUAGACACAGUAUCUUAAGUCAGAAGUGGCCUGAAUGUGAGGAUACUUGUGCGGAUUAACUGGAGUUUCAGCUUCUCAGGACAUAUUAUGCAUAUCACAGAAGCUUUCUUGCGGUUCACACAUACCAGUGGCCUUUAAAAAAACCUUUUAUUCAGGGUAAACCUAAAAGGUACUUGCGCUCCAUUCAACAAACCUUAAUUUAUACCACUAGUGCUGAAGUUUCUAUUUCUCUUUACAACACAUUUAUAGCACAGGACCAUAUUUAUCUUCUCUGAAUUACAAUGCUGAAAAUUUAUGAGUGCCUUAUGUUGUGUAUUUAUGGUAGAGAAUAUGGUACAAAGUGACACCAAAUGUAUAUUUAUAUUGUUUCUUUUGUGUGCUGUCCCAUUUGGCGGAAUCACAAGAUAUUGUUUUUGUUUUGUCAUUUGAAAUUAAAGCUGAUUUAGAUUCUUU